CUAAUAUUUUUCUCUUUUGUCCAGCAGGAACUUCCCGCCAGCACCUGUAGGCUCCACAGUACUACCAGAAACCGCAUCGCCGACACACCUUCGCGAUCGCAAGUGAUACCAAAAACCAGCAGACCUCCAGACCUUCCUUAAAGUACCAGUGAUACCACAAACAAACCCUCGACACCGCCACUGGUACCAGAAUCACCCUCGCCACCACACCUCCGGGACUCGCCACUGAUACCAGAACCCCCCCACACACCUCCGGGACUCGCCAGUGAUACCAGAACCAUCUCGCCACCACACCUCCGUCAGUGAUACCAGAACCCCCCCACACGCGCCAUGGGGAAGUGCGUCGCCUACGUCGCCGCCGCCGUCGUGUUCACCGGCCUCGGGGCGCUCAUCGCCGGGCUCGCCGUGUGGUUCACCGUGCCGGAGGUCGCAGAGAAGUUUACGUCGGAGAGUCGCCGAGCAGAGUGCCAACUUGAAUCGACUUCCGGUGUUUCUGGCACUAUCUACUUCUACCAGAGUUCAGAGUCGGGACCAGUCGACAUCACCGGCAAUAUUACAGGACUGACCCCCGGCAAGCACGGCUUCCACAUCCACGCCUUCGGGGUCUCGGGCGCCGACUGCAAGGCCGCCGCCGGCCACUACAACCCCUUCGGCAGCAACCACUCCGCGCCCGACGCCGCCCAGCGCCACGUCGGGGACCUCGGAAACAUCCUCGCCGGGGAGGACUCCGUCGCCUACGUGAAUAUCCUGGACGACGAGGUGACCCUGUUCGGCUGGUACUCCGUGCUGGGUCGCGCCGUGGUCGUGCACGCCGGCGAGGACGACCUGGGCCUCGGGGGCGACAGCGGGUCCCUCUCCACGGGCAACGCGGGGGGGCGGGUCGCCUGCUGCACCAUCUUCGCCGUCCCGGUGUAGAGAGGGGGAGGGAGUGAGG